AUGCCGGGGACACCAGGUUCCGAGAUGGCACCCAGCGUGUCGCUCUCAUUCGCGAACAACUUCUGGGGCAAGGAAGACGCCGGCGUCGACCCUUUGCUCGAGCGCAUGCACAAUGCCAAAAUCACUAGCGACGAGCUCAAGUCCUUCUACACUCAACGAGCCGCCAUCGAAGAGGAAUACUCCCGCAAGAUUCUGAACCUCGCCCGGAAACCCCUAGGCUCCUCCGAGGCUGGCACCUUGCGCAUGUCCAUGGAUGUUGUCCGUGGAGAACUGGAGGCCAUGGGCAAAUCACAUCAACACAUCGCACAACAGAUGAAGGGCGAACUUGAAGAGCCACUCUCGACAUUCUCCGGCGGCAUCAAGGAGCGUCGCAAGAUCAUUCAGAACGGUAUCGAGAAACUGCUCAAAACCAAGACGCAACAAACACACACCGUCAACAAGGCCCGCGACCGCUACGAACAAGACUGUCUGAAGAUCAAGGGCUAUCUUGCUCAAGGCCACAUGGUCAUGGGUCAGGAGGAGCGUAAGAACAAGGCCAAGCUGGAAAAGACACAGAUCCAGAUGUCGGCCACCAGCAGCGAGUACGAGCAAGCUGUAAAAGUGCUGGAAGAGACAACCGCCCGCUGGAACCGCGAAUGGAAGGCCGCUUGCGACAAGUUCCAGGACCUCGAGGAGGAACGCCUUGACUUCACAAAGAGCAGUCUGUGGAGCUUUGCUAAUAUCUCCUCCACUGUCUGUGUCAGUGACGACGCCUCUUGCGAGAAAAUCCGCCUGUCUCUGGAAGACUGCGAUGUCGAGAAAGACAUUGCCGCUUUCAUCAAGGACAACGGCACAGGCCAGGAGAUCCCCGACCCGCCCAAGUACAUCAACUUCUGUCGUGGCGAUAUCAACGACAAUGCUUCCGACGUUUCGGAUGACGCCAACUAUUCGGUCGCUCAAUUCCAAAGGACCAUGAACCCAGCCUUCCGUUCGUCUUCGCCGCAGCCUUCGACCUACUCAUCCCACCAUGACCCUGCUUCGGCUCUGGCUCAGGAGAUGGCUCUCGCCUCAUCGGUCAAUUCUGAAAGAUCUCAGAGAUCCUCAAGAUCCCAGCAAUCUGCGACUGUUGCUCAGCUACCGCGCCGAUCCAGCCAACAGGCUGCACCCGUCAACGCUUACCAAGAUUUCCCCAAGGUACCUCACAAUGAGUAUCCUAUGGAUGGCAUGACUCAGUUCUGCAGACUUGGUCCUCCAUCUGAUCGCAGUUCCAUUCCCAGUCCCACUCGGCCCGAAGAUGACUCGCAUAGUGAAAUCUCCAAUGCAAACUCUUUCUCGAGCAUCGAGCCUCCUACCUCCCCCAUGAAGCAGCUCAAUGACUCCACAGUCUCUACCAGCAGUCAACAGGAGGAUAAGACGCUACAGAAGAGACGAAGUGGCUUCUUCCAAAACCACAGCCCAUUCGGACGUCGCAAGAGCAAGCACGAAAACGCUGCUCCUGCCUCAAUCUCGACCGGUCCGGCCCAGAGAAACACCUGGGCACCCGCUGCUAGGCCUCAGACUGCGUCUGCAUCGUCACCAGCUCGUCCUUUCGGACGAGAAGCCAAGAAUGUUGGAUUCGGCAAUGACCCUAUGCCCAGUCCUGACCCAGAACCCGUGGAUCCUCGUGCCAACUUCCAGCUGAACAUCGGCAACAAUGUCUUCGAUGUCGCAACUCCUGACGCUCGCAAGAGAUCAGUCGCAGCAGAGGAGCCUACUGGAGAGCUUGAUCCUAUUGCACAAGCUCUGGCCGAAUUGAAAGGCGUCACCAAGCAAGCCUCAACUCGUGUCUCGGCAGAUCGCUAUGCUGGUAUCCCUACACCCGCCCCAGGCGCUGGUAGAGCGUCCCCAUCACCUCUUCUUGCAAAUUCUGAUGCCCGCGCCGCUCAACGCGGCACUCCACCACCAUCGUAUGACCAGCCGAUGAGACGACUGGGUGCACCACAGCCGGCUUUCACUAGCAAGCAGAUGCAGCAGACAACAGCCAGCUACAUGACCCAGAAGAGAGAUAUGUUCAAUGCUCCUCCUCGCAACACGCCCUCUCAGAUGGGAUCUCGUCCAGCUAGCAGGGGUGGAGAUCCAAGAGCCUCGGGUGAUAUGAUGCGCUCAGCCUCACCAGCACCUUUGCGUACAAGCUCACCAGCACCUCCACGUGCCACAAGCCCUCGUCCCAGUACAGGGUACGAUCGCAGAUCUCAACCUGUUCCCCAAGACUACCGUUCAACCUCGCCGAAUCCGUAUGGUGGAGCUCCUCCCGGUAGUAUGUCAAGACCACGUGCACAGUCCACUAGCCCGAUAAAGCAACAGCAACGUCCUGGCUACAAUCCGGCAUACGUAUCCCACGGCAACUCUCCAGUCUCUACCAUGCCACGAUCUGCUAGUCCUAACCCGCAAUUCCGCGGCUCGGCUGGACCGGGCAGCAGACCCUCAAGUAGCCGUGGCGACCCUGCAGCCAUGGCAAUGCAGUUGGCUCCAGCAGGCGACCAAGGGUAUCCUCCAUCAUCUCGCGGAGCACAGGGUGCACCUUUGAGACCGACCAGCGCAUAUUACGGAGCAGAGGGUGGUUGGGCGGCGGCAUCGUCACCUCGUGGAGGCGCUCCUCAGCAGCAACAACAGCAAGCACCGCUACCACAGCAGCAGCAGUUGAGUACACGUGUACGCAGCCAGAGCUCUGCUGGACAGAGACAAUUCACAAAGGACGGAAGACCCAUUCUUCAAUUCUCUCGAGCAAUGUAUAUGUAUCAGGCAGCUAUCCCCGAGGAGUUGACCUUUGCAAAGGGAGAUAUCCUGGCAGUCCUGAGAUUGCAAGAUGACGGUUGGUGGGAAGCCGAGGUGGCCGGCAAGGAUGGCAGACGAGGACUUGUUCCUAGCAACUACCUAGUUGCUGCUUGA